CAAGGAUUUGGACACGGCGUUCCAAUGCUGCUUUACAAUUCAGAAUUAUAGCGGUAAGAAAGAGAUUGUUUUUUGUUUUACAUAUGAAAUUUUUUUUCCCCUAUGAGAUAUUGGCACAUCUAAAAGCGUGCUGAUUAGUCAAAAGACACGUAUAGCGGACCUUAACGACGCGUAUAUAAAGGAAGCGUUGAUCGUGAGCAAAAGUAAGACACAUCUAGAACGCAAUUAGCAUCAUGGCCGUCUCUUUCCGUCUGUCGACUCUCUGCUUUUUCUUCGUGCUCGUAGCACUCGCGUCAAGUGCCCAGACGUCAUCUAAAGAGGAUUCUUCGUCCAGCAAGGAAGAUCCUUUGUCAGGUGAAAAACAGUCUGAAGAAGAAGCGAGUUGCGAAGAGGAUUUAACUACACCGAGUACGACUGUAACGUCUACGACUGUACCGUCUACGACUGUACCGACUACGACUGUACCGACUACGACUGUACCGUCUACGACUGUACCGACUACGACUGUACCGACUACGACUGUACCGACUACGACUGUACCGACUACGACUGUACCGUCUACGACUGUACCGCCUACGACAAAAUCAACUGUGAAGCCUGAACCGACGCCGUUUAAUUGCCAAUCCAAGACCAACGGGAACUACAUUAAUCCCGCCGACUGCACGAGUUACAUCGCCUGCUCCAACGGAUACACAUACGUCAUGCCGUGUCCUGUUGGUUUGGUGUACAACGAAAAUGGCUAUUGCGACUACGUCUAUAACGUGCCCCGCUGCAUGUAAGUUUUUGGUUUAACUUUCAAUUGUAGUUUAUUUCAACCGCAUUAUAAACAUCCAAGUAAUGAAUUGUAAUCCAAUUAAAUUUUAUCACGCAUUUUUAUUUUGAAAUUCAAAUUAUUUUGAUUUAUUACUUGACAAUAACGCCAUAAUACACGUGACCAGCAAUAAUUUCAAGUCAA